CCAUGUUCCGGGGCUGCCGCGCAUGCGCAGUCGCGCGGGCCGGGCGGGUGGUUUGGCGGGGGCGAUGGCGGCCGCGGCCGGCGGGGACUCGGACGGCGAUAGCGAGGAGCUGGUGCUCACCCCAGCGCAGCUGAUCCACAGCCUAGAGCAGGCCUGGCUGAAUGAGAAAUUUGCUCCAGAACUGCUAGAGAGUAAACCUGAAGUCAUCGAGUGUGUGGUGGAGCAGCUGGACCAUAUGGAAGCAAACCUGAAACGGGCAAAGAGAGGAGACCUGAGGGUCAGUGUUCACCACAUGGAGAUUGAAAGGAUCCGCUACGUGCUCAGCAGCUACCUGCGGUGUCGGUUGGUGAAGAUAGAGAAGUUUUUUCCCCACAUCCUGGAGAAGGAGAAGUCUCGAGCUGAAGGGGAGCCCUCCAUUUUAUCACCAGAGGAGUUUGCUUUUGCUAAAGAGUAUAUGGCAAACACAGAGGCUUACCUGAAAAAUGUGGCCCUAAAACACAUGCCACCUAACCUGCAGAAAGUGUCUCUCCUAAAGUCAGUUCCAAAGCCCAACCUGGACUCCUUUGUGUUUCUGAGGGUGCUGGAGCGGCAGGAGAACAUCCUAGUGGAGCCAGAGACAGAUGAGCAGAGGGAAUAUGCCAUCAACCUGGAGGAGGGAUCACAGCACCUGAUGCGCUACAGAACCGUGGCCCCUCUGGUGGCCUCAGGAGCCGUGCAGCUCAUCUGAGGGGAGAGACAGGGAAGACACAGCAGUGGAUCCACCUUCAUCUGUGCUGCUGGGAGAGAAUGGGUAGCUUUUCCAGUGUCCAUGGAUGUUGCUGUUAAACUUGGGGUCAAAUAAAUUCCUUGUUCUCUGCUCCUCCCCGGGUGGAAAUAGCUUGGGUUUAUUUAGUGAUUAGCUCUGAACGCAAAGUAGAUGGAUGGUGGAAGAGGUCACAGAGAGGGCACUGAGGUGAGCUGCAAUUUCCCUGCCUGAGCUGGAACUGCUCUUGUGGGGGCCAGAGAAAGGUGGGCUGGUUUCAUUGCUAAGACUCACGUUUGUAUCGGCUACUCCCAGUGGCUGAAUUGGGGGGGUUUGCACUGUCAGUCUGAAACAAUGUGUUUAAAGGAUG